UCGUCGGCGAAUAGGUGGAAGUACAUCAAUCCAUCUUACUAUUUGAAACGCCCCAAGCGUCUUGCCCUGCUUUUCAUCGUUUUUGUAUUCGGUACUUUCUUCUUUUGGGAUCGACAAACUUUAGUCCGAGACCACCAGGUGCGUUUUUCUGUCACCCUAAUUUUGAGCAAGUCUUGCUUCGUUACCACAAUAAGAAUGUCUAUGUUUCCUGGGAGAAUUUACGUGUUCCCGCGGAUAGAAUUGAGUAUUUGAGUUCCCACCCACCCCACAAAUUGAGGUCUUUACGUCCAGAACUUGGACUUCUACUCUAAGUUGCUCGGACUCUUCACUUUCGGUGCCAUACCCGUGUCGACACGACGUGGGUGUGGGUGUGAUAUCCGCACUCAAUCUGGCCAACCAGUUUUGGAUACUUUGACCGAAUCCGAGAGAGAAAUUCUGAACAGAUUCAAUGAUUUUUGUAAGCAAAACAAAAACUAAGGAAGAGAUCUCUAAGUUGAAUGAAGAAGUGAUACGUUUGCAAGAUCUGCUGGAAGAGUUGAAGAAUGAUCAAAGUGUAUCAGGUGAAAAGAUUAAUUUUAGUCGCAGUGGUGGUGAUGUGGGGAAGAAAAUGGAUUACACAGAGAAUCCCGUUGAUGCUCAACGAAGAGAAAAAGUGAAAGAUGCUAUGCGUCAUGCAUGGAGUUCAUAUGAAAAAUAUGCAUGGGGCCACGAUGAACUUCAGCCACAAACAAAGAAUGGUGUUGACAGUUUUGGUGGUCUUGGUGCAACAUUGAUCGAUUCUCUUGACACACUAUAUAUCAUGGGCUUGGAUGAGCAGUUUCAGAGAGCUAGAGAGUGGGUUGCAAACUCCCUGGAUUUCAACAAGAAUUAUGAUGCCAGUGUUUUUGAGACAACCAUAAGAGUUGUUGGUGGACUUCUUAGUGCGUAUGACCUCUCUGGUGAUAAGCUUUUCCUAGAUAAGGCUCAAGACAUUGCUGACAGACUGUUGCCUGCAUGGAAUACACCCACUGGCAUCCCUUACAACAUUAUCAACUUGUCACAUGGGAAUCCACAUAAUCAUAGGUGGACUGCGGGUCAUAGUAUCCUGGCAGAUUCUGCCUCUGAGCAGCUUGAAUUUAUUGCUCUUUCACAAAGAACAGGAGACCCGAAGUAUCAACAAAAGGUGGAGAAUGUCAUCUUAGAAAUUAGUAGAACUUUCCCAGAUGAUGGGUUGCUUCCAAUACACAUUAAUCCAGAGGGAGAGGCUGUUUUAUACUCCACUAUAACGUUUGGGGCCAUGGGGGACAGCUUUUAUGAAUAUUUACUCAAGGUCUGGAUACAAGGAAACAGAACAGCUGCGGUGGGCCACUACAGAAAAAUGUGGGAGACAUCAAUGAAAGGUCUUUUAAGCCUGGUGCGGAGGACUUCUCCAUCAUCUUUUGCUUAUCUUAGUGAGAAGGUUGGAGAUUCUUUAGAAGACAAGAUGGAUGAACUUGCAUGCUUUGCUCCAGGAAUGUUAGCUUUAGGUUCGUCUGGUUAUGGUCCUGACGAGUCUCAGAAGUUUUUAUCACUGGCAGAAGAGCUUGCUUGGACUUGCUAUAACUUCUACCAGUCAACACCUACAAAGUUGGCAGGAGAAAACUAUUUCUUUCAUGAUGGCCAGGAUAUGACUGUGGGCACAUCGUGGAACAUACUAAGGCCAGAAACGAUCGAAUCUCUGUUUUACCUCUGGCGUUUGACUGGAAACAAGACAUACCAAGAGUGGGGUUGGAACAUAUUUCAGGCAUUUGAAAAGAACUCGAGAAUAGAAUCUGGAUAUGUUGGACUUAAAGAUGUUAACACUGGUGUGCAAGACAAUAUGAUGCAGAGCUUUUUUCUUGCGGAGACUCUUAAAUAUCUCUAUCUUCUUUACUCACCCCCUUCAGUCAUUCCCCUAGAUGUGUGGGUUUUUAACACGGAGGCUCACCCCAUAAAAAUUGUGAACCGGAAUGAUCGAGCAAUAAGUUCUGGAGCUGGACGGUCAGUUGAACAGCAAAAAUCAUAUAAGCGUCCGCUGACAAGGAGAGAAGGCCGAUUUGGUAAUAAGUAGGUUCUCACAGGUCAUCAUUAGUUUAGUUGUUGAUUCAGAAUUAUGGGAAUCAAGUGGUAUAUUGCUUGGCACUUGUUCAGCCAAAUUUGCGGGAUUUAUUGGACUGAUGUCAGAGUUGGACGGAAAUGAUCUCCUAUGACCACUUACAUGAUUAGGUAGCAUAACUAUAUUUAAGUUUUAUUUCUUACAUAGUGACAUUCCCUUAAAACAGCCAAAUGUGUUCUAGCAGAUGGCAUUUGGCUGUGGGUAGCUCUACAUUUUUGGGGCCUGACGAGUAUUUGUAUAUCAUUUCUUUUUAUUUUUUCUUGGAAAAAAUACAGUAGGAGAAUUCUUAUUUCAAUUUUUCAAGACUGUGGACAGCCUUUUAUCCGAAAAGAAGAGCUAGCACUAUUUUUUCAAA